UCAUAGAACAUUCAUUCGUGAAUCAUGCCGAUUGGUCAUUUUCAUUUGGUCAUUGGCUUUGCCGUUGCCGCUGCCGCAGCUACUAGAAUAGUUCACUCCAUUCUGUCACUUUUCUAAUUAAAUAUUCAUUUUUCAUGGUCAUUAGAGAUUGCUGAUUCUGCAAAUGAACGUUUUUUCUAUUGCUAAUUAGUGCUCAAUAUUAUCAGAUAAGAGUUUCCUCAUCAGACUGACGAUGUUCAAGUGGAAUUGUGAUUUAUCGCUCUUCAAAAAUGCAACCGUUAUUAUUCCUACAAUCUCAGUGGCGAACGUGGCUCAGCUGACAGUGGAUCUUCUCAUAACCAACACAUCAGCGAAGCGCGUGGGAUCGGUGUGGAGCAGGGCUUUUAUUCCCUAUGUAGGGCUGGACUCGUUCAACGAUGAUUCGAAUUCUCAGACUAAAGAUCUCUCCUGUAUGAUCGAAUUGUACCAAACUGGAAGUGAUAUCCUAAUUUUUCAAAUAAGAUCACCGUAUGCCAACAAAUUUGAUAUCAAAUCGUGUGUGAGAGAAUUAGUGGACACAUUGAAAGGACUGGAUGUGAAAAGGUUGUUGAUCUUGACCGCAGUUUACGAUCACUGUCGACUCUCUCAGGAACUCGAUGAUAAGUCUAGCGCAGCGGAAUUCCGCUACAUAGAAUCACCGGAGUUCCACACACAAUACCACCAGGAAAUCGAGAAUCUGCCGUUGAAACAGUAUUUACAAGGCAGUAGACUUAACGAAACAUCUUCCAAUAACCCGUAUUGUUUGAAGCAUUGUGGUACAGGGUUUGCUCAUGAUCUCCUAUCAGCAUGUGUUGAACGGCAGGUACCAGCCUUAGUUUUCUUGAGCUUCACGUCUGAUGGAUUCAACAAUAUGCUGGCUGUCAAGUUUUUCAGGUUAAUUUCCAUGUGGCUUCCGUUCAGUGUUGGCGACCGUGUACUCUUUCCUCAUUCGUGGAAAUUUCUCACAGGCCAGCCAGACCGAUUCGCGGGUAGAGACUUGAACCGUGAGUUUGAUGUUGGUGAAGUUCUACAAUUUUUGAAAUGCUGAGUUCAUACUUAGCUAUCAGCACAAUAAUAAUUUCUCAUUAAGGUAAUACGUACAGUAUUCUGAUAAGAGAGUCAAGACUUCGUCUUAUAUUCUAAUCUUGAAUCAAUUUAGACAAGGUACUGAUACUCUUAUCCUCGUACAUUAUCAAUUCUAUUAGAAAUAUUCGUUAUUAUCAUUGUACAUGAUAGAACUGAUCGUUACUUAUUAUCCUGUUGAUGAAUAGGACAUGAUUAAAUUAAAUAUUAUUUAAUGGAGAUGAA